AUGCGGUUUGAAAACUCCUAUGUCUCGUACAAGCGAGACACCAGUCUUCUGCUGUACUGGAUGAUCAAGACUUCAAAUCCCAUCAUCGAGAAUCUAGACAAUUCUGGACACAAUGUUGCAUUAGAGGUCAAUGCCACAGGUCAGAUCACUGUUUCUGACCUCGUUGCGAUGUCAGAACUCAUUGCAAAAUAUCAUCCCGACAUCCCAUCUACGAUCUAUCACUUGUUUCUGUCCGUCAUCAAGUUACGACAUACGUACUACUCUCGGUUUCAACAGCUAGCAGAAUUGAACCCCAGCGAAGAGCUAGAGAAACGUAAUUCGACCCACAAGUAUUUCAUUGAUGCUCUCACAAGCGCGUUUGAAACCCUGGGCGGCGAAAAAUGGCUUUCCCAAGAACGAGAGAAGCAAGCAAGCAACGAUGAGGAGGAGGAAAUCGACCCCAACUCUUUUUCGUUUACCAAUAAAUUCUCUGCGUUAGACUUGGAGAAUGAUAUUUUGGACGCUGAUAGCGAAGAAUCUGACAAAGAAUCUGCACCUUCUCAAAAAAAGCGAAGGUUGAGAAAAGGUAAAAAGAAAGUCAAAGGAAAGAAAGCCCAGCGAAAUGGCAAGUCUUCGCAGUCAGACGGCAGAGCUCUGGACAUUGCAUUGGAGAGCUACCGCAUAAUCGAAGAGGACGAUGCUUCAGAAUAUGCCAUGGCUGUACUUGCGCUCACAAGAGACAUGAUCCAGUUUCGAUUGUUUCUUCAAGGGAUUUGGCGCAAAGUAGCCUACAGGAACCUCAACAGUGCAGUGGCUGCAGCUACCGCCAAUAUCGCUGUAGCGAUGAUCAAGCAGUAUGAGGCAACCAUAUUCAUUGAUUUUCCGGGCUAUGAAUCAUUUGAAAGGAUCAAACAAACCAUCAUGCACGGCGAGGGCGAAGAAGCAAACAGGGAAAUGUACUGCUGCAUCCGUUCAGAAAGCUCUGGGAAGGCCACUGUAACACCAACAAUCCUGGAUAAAAAAGAACUCUUCCUCAUUCAUACCUACCACGACCUAGUCGACUUCAUAACAGACUACCAGAAAACAAGAAGUGGAAAGCCCACAAAGCGUAUGCUCGCCCAAAUUGACAACUGGAAUCCAGAUUUGGAUCUACAGAAAGCGACCAAAGAAGAGAGGGUCAAAUGGAGGCGCUCUUAUACCAUUAACUGGCUGUACGAUCUUGUCAACAUAACUUCAUGUGUUGCAAUGCAUGGGGAAAAUGCCAAAAAGGAAAAUUAUGUGUUGGAACAAAUGGACUGGUCCAACAAAGGUCCAUUAAAGUCAUAUCACAGGAUGUUUGGUCUAACCAACUUUGCCGCUGCAGUGACGACGCUCGCUAUGCAAAAAUAUGGUACAGACUUUCGUCAAAACAUACCGCCGCAUCUCGUUUUUCAUCUUCAGUGCAUUAUCGACGCAUGGACGGUGUCUCGUGGAUGGGCAAUUGGUUGGUUGAAAGGUCACAUCCUCAGCGAGCCGGCGCCGACCUUUCGAUCACGGCGCGACUUGGACAUUUUCCUCGGACGCGAAGAUUUGAAUGAGGAAAAUGGCAACGGAUACUUUCUAUCAGUAGCGUGUCUCAAAAUGAAUUAUAUGUAUUCGAGCAACGGUGGCAAAGGUUUCGAAUACACAGAGAGCUGCUUCAAAGCCCUCACUGAGCUAGGUAGUGAGUUCCGGGACGCAUUAGGGAAGUGCAAAAUUUUCCAAAGCCUUUCAGGGCUGCUCCCUUCGAGAUUUGCGUCAACUAAUCACAACGGAGCUUGGGAUUAUUCUCCUUUCUUCUGCGGCGCAGGCCUGGUGGAAGGCCUCGAGCUCUCGUAUCGAAGCGCCAUGGCCUUGUGGGAAGGGAUGCUGGAACCAACGCUAAUCAUACACCUGCACAACAUGCUUGUACAAAAAGGCUACCUCAAACAGGAGAUAUCGCUCUAUAGCGGUCUGGGGUGGGCAUUAUCCGAUACCUUCUUCGCCGGCGGGCAGCCUCCUACCCGCGAUUUUGUCGAAGCUUUUCGUUCGCGAUUUGGCAAAGCUUUUCGUUCUCAUGUUAGCAAGUGCAAGUGUCGAAAAGCGACAAAUCGUCGACCGGUAGGAAAAAUCACCAACGCUCGUGAUUUUCUAAGCCUGACUUCUUUGCAUCUUUUCAAGCAAAAAUCUGUUCUGUCCAUGUACGAAUCAGUGGACUGGGAUCCAAGUCGUAUCCCGGAAAGUGAAGUCGACCCAAGGUCAGCCCUGGCACUGAUUCGGCUUAGCCAGACGAGACGUAUUCGUGAUCCAGUGACAUCCGCUUGGCGAUUAGAAGAAACGGAUUUGGUUAAACGGACUAAAGCUGCGGGCAUCGGCGAAUCAUGCUUGGUAGAGACCCUUGGCCCAAUGCUUGACGAGCUUAGAGACGAUAUGACGGCAGAAAGGAUGUUGAGGUUUCUCUACCGAGAUGUCUACGGUGACAUCGGCGGUGGUGGUCGACCGCUUUCGUGCCUCUGCUAUAUAGGGAUUACAAUACAGAUGCUACUGUAUUUUGAAAACCUCGAGGCAGAACUUCAAAAGAGCAACAGCACUACAUUCGAGCUUUUAUAUGCCGGCGAUACCGCGUCGGAUGAUUUAUGCAGCCUAAAGAGCUAUCAAAGGCUACAGGUUACGCUGCGUGCACUAGGUGGCAAUGAUAAAGCGCUGUUGAAAUCGAUGGCCAAAGUCUUUAAAGAAUAUGGGGGAGAAUUCUCGCACAACAUGUAUUGGAGCAUCGAAGACGAUGAGGAUGAAACGAGCCGCGGGCCACUGUUGGACGAUUGCCAUCCCGAAUGCUGUAUCUUGUAA